AUGAUUAUGAUCAGGGAGAGAAUUUCACCUUUGAGGAUAAGGAAUUUUAGUGAGAUGGUAGAACUGGCAUAUAUAAUAGAGAAAGAGAUGAAAUUAAAGGAUUUUCGAGGUGAGCAAGUUCAGAGGAGGAAUAAUCGGCCAUAUGGAAAUAAUGGAGGAUCAAGGAAUCAUCCAUAUGCACGACUUGGUAAUAGCAACAGAAAGAGCAGACUAAUCAAUGGACCAGGAGGUGGUAAUAAUACAAAGGAUUGGCAUACUUGUUUCCAUUGUGGAAAGAUAGGACAUAUGAGGAAUAGAUGUCCACAGUUAUCAUCGAAAGAGAGAAACAAUUAUUUGAGGUAUCAGCAGGGUGAGGGAUCAAAACCACUUGCUAUGCAAGGACAGAAGACACCACAAAAUCAAUCUGGUGGGGAACCAAGAAAUCUGAGAUAUGGACGAGUAUAUCAGAUGACUGCGAAACCAAUUGACUAA